GGUAAAGAAGGGCUUGAAAGAAGAAUAAAGAAAUGGAUGGAGUGCACAAUAAAAGCAGGCAGCCCCGUCACUUCUCAUCCUGAGAAACCAUCGAAAGAAAACCCUAAAAAUAUAUCACGAUGUCAGCUUCUCUUGUUGGCUCUCCCAUACUCCCUGAAUCCAUUCGAUCGAGGCGUCCCACUAAGAAAACCCUAAGCCUAAAAUCCAUGGCCACCUGUGUCGAAAACUCAAGAACAGAGACCCCCAGAAAACCCAAUUCUUCAUUUGAAGCAGACCGACAAGAUGACUCUCUCUCACAAUUCGUCAAAUUCUCGAGACCCAGCUUCUCCGAUCUCCUCUCUUGCUCCCCAAGCAAGCCCCAAACCCUAAUUUCACAGGAUUCAGAAACCCCAUCUCCGUAUUUGGACGAGAUAUGGAUGGAGAUCAGGAAACAAGCUGAUCGGGAUGCAGAAGAAGAACCAGUUCUAUCAGGUUACUAUCACUCAGCUAUUCUCAGUCACGAUUGUUUAGAGAGUGCAUUAGCCUUCCACUUGGGGAGCAAGCUCUCCACCCCGAGCUUACCUUCCACAACUCUCUCGGAGGUCUUCUUAUCCGCCUUCAUGGCAGAUCAAACCAUCAGAAUCGCCAUAAGAGAGGACCUCAAAGCGGUGAAAGAGAGGGACGCGGCCUGCAUAAGCUAUGUCCAAUGCCUACUAAACUUCAAAGGCUUUCUCGCCGCACAAGCUCACAGAGCAGCGCACCACCUCUGGGAAAACGGCCGGCUAUCCCUAGCUCUGGUCAUCCAAAACAGGGUCUCAGAGACAUUUGCAGUCGAUAUUCACCCAAAUGCGAAAAUAGGGUUAGGGUUUCUGAUGGACCACGCCACAGGCGUCGUCAUCGGAGAAACCGCCAUUAUUGGAGACAACGUUUCUCUGCUGCAUAACGUUACACUCGGCGGUACCGGCAAAGAUAGCGGCAAUCGCCACCCGAAAAUUGGCGACGGAGUCUUGGUAGGGGCCGGAACCUGUAUUUUGGGCAACGUUAAAAUUGGGGAAGGCGCCAAAAUUGGUGCUGGUUCGGUGGUUUUGAAGGAGGUUCCGGCCAAAACGACAGCGGUUGGGAAUCCGGCGAGGCUGAUAGGGGGGAAGGACAACCCCGUGAAAAUGACCAAAAUGCCCAGCUUUACUAUGGACCACACCUCCUGGUCGGAUUAUGUGAUAUGAGGUGAGGAGGGGUAGAUUGGGGAUGUUAAGUUUUAGGUGGCGUGUAUGGUGUGUGUGCGAGGACUGCGUGUUCAGUUGCUUGCUGAAGAAGGGUCUGUCUCUUCUUGAUUUAAUCCCCUAGUGGCACUGCCUUUUUUGCUUCAAUUUUGUUUUAUUGAUACAUUGUGGGGAAUACUGGAAUAUGACAUACUUAUUACCAUGUUAUUAUAUGCUCAUUGGUUAUUAUUUUCCGCU